GCCCUUUGCACUAUAACCAGUUGCCAAAAAGGAGCCAGUCGUGGCACCCUGAGAAACCUUGUUGUUGCCUUUCAUUUGAGUUGAAAACAAUCGCAUUGACUUCCAAAAUGGGCUUGCCUACGAUUCGUCACCUAUACGUGCUUGUUGUUCGCCUUUGUCUUUAAAGUGGCGGCCGUGUCAAUGAUGACGCAGCACGAAUCGGAACAUGCGGGCAUUUGAACUCUGCGAGACCUGCGAGACUUUUGCUCUUGGAGAAAUAACAGAGAGAAAGGAAGGCAACGCUGUUUGAAAGAAACGAUUGGAAACUGGGUUCUCUCGCAUCCAAAAGGCGCUGUUUGCGGGAUUUGCUGGAAGAAGCCGCCUGCGUGUCACUGACGCUCGCCGCGUCAUGCAAAGAGGACGCCAAACGUCACGUCAGGGUACGGCGGGCGGAGCAGCCAUCACUUGCUCGCUGCCAGCUGCCUGACUGCGUCCGCCUUGUGCCCUACCUACCUACCUACCUGCCGCCGCCAAGACUUGUUGCGGACUCCGCGCCUGCUUGGAGAGAGAUCGUCUGCAAUGCUGAACCCCAAGAUGCAGCUUGCACUUGUGCUGCUCCUCGAGUUCUUGUGCCUCGCUGCUGCUGAUGCUGUCGCUGAAGCCACGCCCUGCUCGUGCGAUGCGGACAACAUAUGCACCUGCAAUGCGGGUCAAAAGCUCGAAUUGAAUAGCGGCAGUAGCGGCGCGAUCACCUGGAAGAAGGAAGGAAAAACUCUCAACGACGACUGGGCAACCUUCGAUCCCGCUAACACAAAGCAGAAGGCGACGAUCGGAUCACUGAAGCUCACCGACAAAGGGACGUACGUGGCCAUCGAGGGGGACUUUGCUGACUGUAAGGUGAAAAAGGUGUUCGUUGUCAAGAUUGUGGCCACGACAACCUCCGACGUCCAGGUCAAACGUUACACUGGUAACUCAGUGGCCUUGCACUGCUCCAUCAACGAGAAUGAACACGUCAAAGAACUCGUGUGGAAGAAGGACGACGCUCCGGUCGGCCAGGGAAACUACAUUCUGGGCAAAGCGGUGAUGAUCGUCACCAAACCCGACCCAACCGUCAAGGUCGAAUACGUUUGCGUGGCCAAACAAUUCGACGGGGCUGAGAUAUCCUCCUCGGCCUUGACACUCAAGGACGGCGAUGUUGACAGCGAGGUUGUGAGCGGUGACAGCAAUGUUGUGAGCGUUGGCGGCAAAGGUAGAUCAGGUGUGGGUGCCCUGUCCUACAGCGUUUCUCUGCUGGUGAUGUCCGUCCUGGCUCAGCUCUACUGGAUGGUGUAGCGCCCGCCGCAAGACCAGCGGCUGCUGCUGUCCACGUCCGUCCCUGGCUAGGAGACGGAGCACUCCACCGCAAGCAGCCCGCUCCACCCUCAGCGAGCCCACUCCACCCUCAGCGAGCCCCUCCCAAAGGAUUUUGCCCUCCAGACGAUGAUACUCAACAUCGACGACGAGCAGCAUUUCACAGAAGAAAAUAACACACACACACACACAAAAACAGAAUGAAAACCGAAUCAAUUGCAUUUGCGACAAUUUUGCAGUGCUCCCUGCUCUUUUCUGUCUCGAUGUUAUGAUACAAUGUACAUGAUGACUCCACGAAAACAGAGAGCCAGCCGGCUCUUGAUGGUCUCCAGCUUGAAAGAAGCGGCAAAGGUGCUUUGCAGCAUCACGGGCAGCCGUUAGCAAGAGCCUGGAAUGCGCCCGCCGCCGCAGGAUUUGCAAACUUUUUUCCUUUUUCUCAUUUUCGUGCAUCAGUUUGAUCGGUCAGAUGCUGCUUUGCUUCCAAAGGAUUCUUCCAAUGAUAUGCAUGCUCAUGGUUUGAAUCUUUAUAACUUGAAUAAAGGCCAAAUUUGUUGAAUACAGCUUCAAUUAGAAACUUGGGAUGAUAAAUGUACCUAGGCUGUUAACGUCAGUGGAAAUCUGCCCAAGUUGUUUCUCAGAAGCCCUCAGCGCCAUUUUGACGCGAGGUAUUGUGUGCAACAAAGACCAGGGAAACACUCUUAGAAUAUUUUUGACAAUUUCUUGGAUUUCUUAAAAAUGUCCACACUAAAGCGCCCUCUAUAGCCCCACCCUUUUUAAUACUACCACACUUCCAUCCAUGCAGCCUGUUAAGGUUUUGUGCGGCAGCAACCACAGCCUCCCAGGCACAGAGGUGUAAGGCCUGAUGCAUGCCAUGGCGCGUCGUUUUUGUCUUGAUUUUCUUUCCCCGGGUUCAGCUCGUCUGAUAUUAUAGCAGCAGCCCAUUUUUGUUAGAUUUUUUUUUCUCGAGUUCAGCUCGUCUGAAAUAAUAGCAGCAGCAGCAGCCCAUACUCGUAGCUCGCCCCGCCUCCACCUUUAGUGUAGAUAUUUGGCCUAUUCCGAUCCAGCCAUGGGUCCAGCUGGUCCAUCAAGAGCCUGUCUCAGCUCUCCACAAGAUCUUUGGAAAAUCGGAUAGUUCCUGGCCCAGUCUUGAUGUUUCAACGUGGCUGUCUCGCACAAUGGUGCCAGAUCAGGUGUGUUAGCCUUCCAUUACCUUGGCCAUGUCUCUGAGCACUAAACACCAGGUACUUCUGGGGCACUCCAGGUAGAUUGAAGAUUGCCGCUAGCACUGCGGGAUCAUUGGUUCCUUGUGGCUUAAUGUUUUGAGGCUUUUCAAAUCUUUUGCUUGCAUCUUAACACCUUUCUUGCCACAUUGUUGAUUGUUUGCAAGGAAACGUUUGAUGGUUCUGCGCUCGUCACGUCCCGAGAUCUUUGUCACGGAUCGGACGGAGCAGGGCGACCAAACGCAGCUUGGACCAGGGUUUAUUGGAGAAAACAAACUAACAGACUCGGCAAACUGACAUGACUUAACAAAACAACAACUAGACUGACUCACCGGGACGUAAGACAAGAAGACAACAGGACGUGGCGACAACAGGACAUGGCGACAACAAUGAUCCGACGGGGAGUGAGGGGCAGACCAGACAGGACUUAAAUACAUAACAGGUAACAAGAGGUAGGUGAGAAUGAUCACACUAAUCACGGGCACACAGGAGGGGAGGGGCGAACACAAAGGCACACGGACAGAAACGAUGACAAUACGCACAUAACAAAACAACCGAGGACAAGACGUGACAAUCUUAGCAGUUUCAAGAGCGCUGCGUCCUUCUUCGGAAUCUUUCAGAGUCACUUGAAUCUUUUUUUGCCCCGUUUGGCCUGAGCCAAAGAAGCUGCCUAUUCUAUGUAUGCACACGGUGAGAUAGGGUGUCACUCGGCUCUGGCCCCACCAUCCUACAUAAGACAAACGCACGUCGCUUGAUAUGCUUCUUUUGAGUAAGCAUUCAAGCGUAUUAAGCAUAGAAUUGGAAAUUAUCCAUCUCCCUCUGUCUCUCAUAUACAUACAUACAUACGUACGUACGUACAUUAGAUUUUUGUCAAGGACAAUAGAACAAAUCAUUUUUAAGCGGGGCAGGGUGAUUGAUUGCAUUAAAAAGACAGAAAUAUCAGUGGUGUGCUUUAGGGCUGAACAACUGACAAUCAAAUUCCUAACGACAAUGUAGUAGAAUGACAAAGGCUACAAUAUGAAAACUAUAAAACCACUUAAUUUGGGUUAGUCUGUUGGCUGAUAUUUACUAUACUGUCUGAGUCAGACUAGUGCUUAAGAAGUGCAGUCCACGUGUUUACAUCCCAUCGUGUCAUAAAACAUGAAAAGUUAAA